AGAAGAUGAACUCCCAAAGCUCCCUCCAGCUAUUCAGCUUGAAUGCUUUUGACAAAGUCUUGCCUGAGUUGGGAUAUGUGGAGCUCUCAAAAAGAGCAAUUGAUUAUGCCCAAGGCAACCCUUUAGCUCUAAAAAUUUUGGGAUCGCUUCUUUGUUGCAAAAAUGAAAUAGAAUGGAACUGUGCACUAGAUAAACUGAAGGAAACUCCCAAUACAGAAAUUGACAGGAUAUUGAGAUGGAGUUAUGACGAAUUGGAUGAUAAAGAGAAAAGCAUAUUUCUGGACAUUGCAUUGUUUUUCAAAGGACAUAAAAGGGAUAUGAUAACAAAAAUAUUAAAUGAGUGUGGUUUGUAUGCAGAAAUAGGGAUGAGACGUCUUUUAGACAAGGCUCUUAUAAGAGUUGACUUUCAAAAUUGCAUACAAAUGCAUGACUUGAUACACGAAAUGGGAAAACAAGUUGUUCGUGAAGAAUGUCUUAAGCACCCCGGACAACGCAGUAGAUUGUAUGAUCGUAAAGAAGUAUGUGAUGUAUUGAAAAAUAAUAGAGGAACUGAGAUAGUUGAAGCUAUAUUCUUAGAUGCUACGGAAUGUACACACAUAAAUUUAAGCCCCAAAGCAUUUGCAAAGAUGCCAAACCUAAGACUACUUGCCAUUCGAGACCACAAAGAAAUUAAAUCUAUAAGACUUCCUAGUGGCCUUGCCUUAUUGCCAGAAAAUUUGAGAUAUUUUCUAUGGGAUGGCUAUCCUUGUAACUCUCUGCCUCCAAGCUUUUGUCCUGAAAUGCUUGUGAAGUUUUCCUUGCGAGACAGCCAUUUAGAAAAACUUUGGAAUGGAAUACUGAAUUUGCCAAAUUUAGAGAUACUUGAUCUCAGUUACUCCAAAAAGCUGAUACAGUGUCCAAAUGUAUCUGGUUCUCCAAAUCUAAAAGAAGUCAUGCUCACUGGUUGUGCAAGCUUGCCUGAAGUGGAUUCAUCAAUUUUCCUUCUCCAAAAGCUUGAAAGAUUGUUGAUGAUUCAAUGCACGUCGCUUAAGACUCUUUCUAGUAACACUUGUUCACCAGCCCUCCUUGACUUUGAUGCCACAUAUUGCAUCAAUCUCCAAGAACUCUCAGUCCCAUUUGCUUCUGUUGAUUGUUUGUCUUCUUUGGCUUUACCAAAGUGGUGUGUGAAUGAACUUCCAUCGUCAAUAUUGCAUUUCAAAAAUCUUGAAAGCUUUACUUAUCCCAUCAGUGAUAGUCUUGUGGAUCUUCCUGAAAACUUCGCCAUUUCUAUUUGCCUUGUGGGUGAGAGUCUACUGAAAGGUGAACGUGACCUGUCCAUCACUUUACGUAAAUUACUUCCUAGCCCUGCCUUCCUGAGUGUAAAAGAUUUAUUCAUUGACCAUGUUUCUAUCUUGUCUGAAAUCCCAGACAAUAUCUCCUUACUAUCAUCAUUAGAGUCUUUAUCACUAGCCGGUAUCGCCAUUCGAAGCUUGCCUGAAACCCUUAAGUAUCUUCCCCGACUCAAGCGUCUUGAUGUUUUCCAUUGUAAUAUGCUUCAAUCUAUACCUGCACUUUCACAGUUCAUUCCAUAUUUCAUUGUCUGGGAAUGUGAAUCUCUUGAGGAAGUGUUUAGUUCAACUAAUGAACCAUCUGACAAACCCAAGCGUGGUUUUAUGCUCCUUAACUGCAUAGAAUUGGAUCCACAUUCAUAUCGAACACUUCUGAAAGAUGCUAUUGCUGGGAUUAAACUUGGAGCAAGACUAAAUUCAGAAAAUAAAGAUACAUCUUUAGAUGAUGAUGAUGAUGAUGACGAUGAUGAUAAUGAUAUUAUCGAGUACUUCUUACCGGCUAUGCCUGGCAUGAAAAUUGUGUCGAGUUACCAUUCUACACAAGCUUCUUUCACUCUUGAGGUUCCUCCCAAUUUGUUGGGUUUUGCCUACUACUUGGUUCUUUCCCAAGGCAAUGUGGGAAGUGGUGUAGAUUUUGGAUGUGAGUGCUGCUUGGACAAUAGUUCUGGUGAAAGGUUCUAUAUAACAAGUUUCAAAAGAACCGAUUUCCCCAGUACGCUAUCUGUUUAUGAUGAUAAUUCAAUGUACAUGAUGUCCAAUCAUUUGAUUUUAUGGUAUGAUCCAGCAAGAUGCAAGCAGAUAAUGGAAGCAGUUGAAGAAAUAAGCACCCGUUGUUACAAUCCAAAGCUUACGUUUAGGUUCUUCAUUGAUGAAAGGCUAUAUAAUGAAGUAAUGAUAGUCGAGUGUGGUUUUCAUUGGAUAAAUAUGCAUUCUUCAGACAAAGAGUACGAUGUAUUCAUUAGCUUUCGGGGAGAGGACACACGUAAAAACUUCACUGCCCAGCUUCAUCAAGCUCUUACAGAUAAAAACAUUAAUACAUACAUUGAUUAUAGUCUUAACAAAGGAGAUGAGGUUGGAGUUGGACCUUCUCUUGCCAAAGCAAUCCAGGGCUCACAUGUGUCUAUUGUAGUUUUCUCGGAAAACUAUGCAACCUCAAAGUGGUGCUUGGAUGAACUCCUCCACAUACUCCACUGCAGAGAACUUCAUGGACAGGUUGUCAUACCUGUGUUCUGUGGAGUAGAUCCUUCACAUGUACUUCAUCAGAAAGAGAGUUAUCAGAUAGCAUUCGCUAAAUACCAGAGAGAAUUCGCCAACAACGGUAAAUCCCAUCUAGACAAAGUGUCUGAAUGGAAAGAUGCUCUCACUUUGGCCGCUAAUAUAUCUGGAUGGGACUCUACCAAAUAUAGCGAUAAUUAUCAAGUCAUCCAAUAUGUUGUGGAGGAUGUUUUGCAGAAGUUGUCCCUCAUGUAUCCUAAUGAACUGAAAAACCAUGUUAAAGUUGAUGAAAACAAUGAACAUAUUGAAUUAUUACUGAAAACAACACCAAUAUUCGGAAUUUGGGGCAUGAGUGGAAUAGGAAAGACAACCAUGGCCAAACAGAUGUUUGCCAAGAACUUUGCCCAUUAUGAUAAUGUAUGUUUCUUGGAAAAUGUAAGUGAACAAUCAAAAAAGUUUGGACAACUGUAUGUUCGUAAUAAGCUUCUUAGUGAGCUACUGAAGCAAGAGAUUACUGCGUCUGAUGUUCAUGGACAAGGCACAUUCACCAAGAGGAGGCUGAGUGGUAAAAAAAGUUUCAUUGUACUUGAUGAUGUUGAUGAUGCUAUGCAAUUAGAUGAUUUGUGUGGAGAACUUGACGACCUUGGACAUAACAGUAGAGUCAUUAUCACAACGAGAAACAAAGAUAUUCUUAGUGGAAGAAUUGACGAGAUAUAUGAGGUCACACCAUGGGAGCUUAAAGACUCUCUAAAGCUUUUUAGCUUAGGAGCCUUCCGGCAAAGCCAUCCAAAAAAGGGUUACGAGCGUAUUUCAGAAAGGGCAGUUGAAUAUGCAGGAGGUGUUCCAUUAGCUUUAAAAGUUUUGGGUUCGCAUUUUUAUUCCAGAAAACCAGAAUUUUGGGAAUCUGAGUUGAACUAUUAUGAGAACAAAGGAGAAGCCUUUCCCUAUAUUCAAAAUAUGCUAAAGCUAAGCUAUAAUGGAUUAUCUUGGCAAGAGAAAGAAAUGUUUCUAGACAUUGCAUUCUUUUUCAAAGAUGAAAACAAAGACUUCGUCACAAGGAUACUAAAUGCCUUUGGUUUCAAUGCUACUAAUGGAGUAGAAAUCCUAGAAGAUAGAGCUCUUAUAUCCAUUUCAAACAGCAAUAGGAUACAGAUUCAAGGCUUACUACAAAAGAUGGCAUUUGGCAUAGUCCAACAAGAAUAUAAUGAUCGAGGAAAGCGUAGCCGACUCAAGGAAGCUAAAGACAUCUGUGGUGUACUUGGAAAUAACAAGGGCAUUGAUGCAGUCGAAGGAGUACUAUUUGAUUUGUCUCAAAAACUAGAUUUAGAAGUUCAAGCUUACACAUUUAAAUUGAUGACUAAAUUAAGAUUUCUUAAAUUCCAUGUUCCUAAAGGUAAGAAGAAAUUGGCCAAUGUGCAUCUUCCUAUAAAUAUUAAGCCGUUUUUUACCAAAUUGACAUACCUUGAGUGGAACGGGUAUCCCUUGAAGUUUCUCCCACAACCUUUUUGUGCUGAGCAGCUGAUUCAGAUUUGCUUGCCACACAGCAAUAUUGAACAUCUUUGGUUCGGGAUCCAGGAGCUUGUGAAUUUAGAGGUAGUGGACCUAAGUGAGAGCAAGCAGUUGAUCAACCUCCCUGAUUUGUCUAGGGCGUCAAAACUCAGACAGCUGCUCCUUUCCGGUUGUGAAAACUUAUGUGAAGUCCGGGCUUCUGCUUUUUCUAAGGACACACUUGAUACUUUGCUACUGGAUGGGUGCACAAAAUUGCAAAGUCUUAUGGGUGAGAAGCAUUUAAAAUCUCUAGAGAACUUCAGUGUCAAAGAUUGCUCAUGUAUUAAGGAAUUUUCGCUGUCCUCGGAUUCAAUAAAAAAGUUGGAUUUGAGCAGUACAGGAAUCGAAAUAUUGCACCCAUCAGUCGGUGGUAUGAACAGGCUUUAUUCGUUGAAUCUAGAAGGUUUAAAUCUAACAAUUCUACCGAUUGAGUUGUCUCACUUGAGAUCACUUACUGAACUUCGGGUUUCUGAGUGCAGUGCAGUAACUAAAUCAAAGUUAGAAACCAUUUUUUAUGGUCUGGGAUCAUUAACAUUACUACACUUGAAAUACUGCUGUAACUUGUUUGAACUCCCUGUAAACAUUAGUUCCUUAUCAUCAUUGCAUGAAUUAAGACUAGAUGGAAGCAGUUUGGAGGAGUUGCCUGCUAGCAUCAAGGACCUCUCAGAGCUAAAAGUUCAGUCUUUAGAUAACUGUAGUAAGCUUCGAUGUCUGCCAGAGCUUCCUUCAAGCAUCAAAGAGUUUCAGGCCGACAACUGCACCUCGUUAAAGACAGUUUCCACUUUGAAGACUUUUUCAGUAAACAUGAUUGGACAGAAAAAAUACAUUUCGUUUAAGAAUAGCAUUAAGAUGGAAUUGGAUGGACCCUCCAUUGCCCGCAUUGCGGAAGAUGCCAUGUUCACAAUGAAAAGUGCUGCCUUUCACAAUGUAUUAGUGAGAGAGUACGGAGACCAAACCCACGGCUACAACUAUAACAGCGCCGAGGUUUGUCUGCCAGGAUGCAGAGUUCCACGUCAGUUCAAACACCGAUCUACCAUAUAUUCCUCCAUAACUAUCGAUGUUUCCAACUCGGUGGGCUUCAUUUUCUCAGUUGUUGUUACUCCAUCUAACAUAACACAAAAGCAUGGAUACUUUGUUGGAAUUGUAUGUCAAUGUUAUUCGGAAGAUGGGGGGAGGAAGGUGGGGCCUAAGUCUAAGUGGAAUCAUAAUGCGAUUACAAAUUUGAACAUGGAUCAUGUUUUUGUAUGGUAUGAUCCAUACCACUCUGACAGCAUACUCAGAAGGAAUGAAAGAAAGGUUUCUUUUAAAUUCUGCAUUACUACUUAUACAAGUAGCCGCAGAGAACUUGGUGGCCUUUUAAGUAUCAAAGAGUGUGGGGUUUGUCCAAUUUACUACUCAGAAAGUAAAAGGGUUUUAGGCACAGGGAAUAUAGACAAGGGCUUAGAAUUAGACUUGUAUCAGCAAAUCGAAUUUGAGAGAUCAGUUGAAGGCUAUGGUAAGGAAGAACGCAUUGACACUGAAUCAAAUGAGAUAGGCGACGACAAGGAAGGCACUGACAUACAGAACCAAGAGUCGGACUGUCUAACCGUCUCUAAUGAUACCGCACAUGACAAUCAUCAAGAGAAAGAAAAUUUGGAAGAUGAUGAUAAUUCCAAAGAAAUGAUAAAAUCUGAGAUUCUUCAUAAUAGUACUUCUUUGAAGUCCGGAGAUGAAACUGAAUCUUCUUCCAACAAACGAAAACAAUUCGAGAAGGAGGAAGAUUCUACCGGAGGAAGUUCUGAUGUAGAAUUGUCUAUGAGUAAAGAAAUUAAGAGAUCAAGCCCUCAUGUCAAUGUUGACAGUAUUCAAAUUUUCGACACUCCAAAUGUUAUUGCUCAUCAUGUCAACUAUGAUAGCAACGAGAAUGGAAGCUCAUGUGGCGAUGAUGUGCAGUUUCAAGAUGGACUAGAGUCAUUCUCAUCAACGAAUGACAUUCUCGAUAAUUCUGAUAUGCAAAAGCCUUGUGAAGAUGUUCCUGAGAGUAGAAAAGAUCUACAAAUUGUUUAUGCAGAGAAGCCACUUCAAAAGACAAACUGCAAAUUUGUCUGUGGACUUUCUUUCCUGAUUCUUGCAAUUGCAAUGCCUCUACUCUGGAUCAACAGUCAAGAAGAAGCACAUUUCCUUGUCCCUACAUAAUACGCUCGUUUAUUCUAGUGAACUAAAUGUUGGGAACUUCAGUGCAGUACAAUUUAUCACUUUCAAUAUGGUUUAGUUUUCUUUGUAUGAGUUUUGACUGAGUUUUACCUUAUGUUGAAGUUUAAACAAUAAACACAGAUGCUGUUUUUGGAAUUAGAUGAAUCAUUUCAUUACAUUCUGUAAAAUAGAUAAGUAGCAAUGUUUUUAAAAACCUAUCCGGAUAUUCAAUUAGCAACACUACCUGGUCAUUGGUUUAACCGCUUUUAAGUUUUAACCAAUCCAUUCCAACUUUUGUUUAAUAUAUACUAAACUUUAUGAGAGUGAGUUAAACUGCACACAAAUAAUAACUCUGGACAUGCUUUUCAACUUUUGUUUAACAGAAGAUUUCCAUGUUUUUCUGAAUCUUGUGUCGUCGCUCGAAUACGGAGAACUCAAAAGUAAA